AUGGCGCGCGCGCCUGCGUUCCUCGAAAGGGAUCGGCGCGAACGCGGGAGGAGGCGGCGGUGGCGGCUGCGACGGCCUGCUGGGGACUGCGCGGAGCUCGUCUCCGGACGCACCCCUGCCCUCGCCUCCGCCCCCGCACCCGCCCACGCCCACGCCGCCGCCGUGCCGCCUCGGCCCGUGCCGGCAGAGAUCUACGAGGAAUUCAAAAGGAUGGCAGAUAAUAACAUAAAAUAAAGGAAGAACUGAUUUGAGUGUACAUACAUACCACGGUGAUGGCCGCAAGGCCGGUACGCUGCUGGAAGGCCUUAGCUCCUAAAGAGCUGUUGUGCCAAAGUACACACAUGCAUACCACGGUGAAACAACGUGGAGCGAACAGUACAGUCCUUACCUGUAACAAAAGAGAAGGACAAAUGAAUAUUAAAGAUUAAAACUCUUAACAAACA